UCUCUCUCUCUUUUACAAUCCACGGCCACGGAGUGAGCCGAGUCACCGCCUCUGUUCUUCAUCUCUGCUUCUCCUCCUCCUCCUUCCUCUUCUUCAACUUCAACACUCAAAUCUGUAAAUGGAAAACGUUUCAUAUCCAUUCUAAGUUAUCACUUUGAAUGAACUUGCUGUUGGCCGUUACCAGCAGCAGCAGCAUCAGCGGCACUGUUUUAUCGGAUAAUUUCGUUUACAACAACGUUUCUCGGUAUUGCUUCUUACUUCCUGGCCCCGAUUGCGAUUUUCUCGUUCAGAUACGAUUGUAUAGGGAGUUUGGAGAAUAGUAGAAGUUUGAGAUGGGGAACACAAUGGGAGGGGUAUGUUCUAAUGGAAUAGUUAAGGAUGAUUUCGUGUCUGAGAAGAUAACGCAAACAUCUGAGGAUGGGAAAGGGAAUUCGUGUUCGAAUUUUGAGGCAAGUGACCCGAAUGAAAUGCUGCAGAAGUCUUGUUCUAGUGUGAUACUAUUGCCCUCACCUCCGUCUAAGACUGGAAGCAAUAAGGUUGCACCAGUGAAUGCACAAGCAGGGGCUCGCGGGAGGGCAGUUGAUUUAUGGAAAACAAUUGGGAUUAGUCUGCCAAAUUUGCAUAUGAACAAUGGGGUUUUUACAGGCAUGGCUACUAAUGGUAGGGAGAUUUCUAUAUUGGCUUUUGAAGUAGCAAACACAAUAAGCAAAGUAGCAAAUUUGUCACAAUCUCUAUCAGAAGGAAACAUCCAGCUCCUUAAAAAGGAACUAUUACAAUCGGAAGGAAUGAAACAAUUAAUCUCAACAAGUUUAGAGGAAUUGCUAAGCAUCGCAGCCGCUGACAAAAGGCAGGAAUUGGAUGUCGUCUCACGGGAGGUAAUACGAUUUGGAAACGCAUGCAAGGAUUCAAAGUGGCAUAAUCUGGAUCAGUACUUUUCAAGACUAGAUUUGAAUGAUUUAAGUCAAAAACAAGCUCGAGAGGCCAGAGCAGCCUUGGAGGAACUAACCGUUUUAUCUCAGAAUACUUCUGAAUUAUACCAUGAAUUACAAGCAUUGGAAAGAUUUGAGCAAGAUUACAGACGGAAAGUUGACGAAGUGGAGUUCUUGAACCAAGCAGGAAUAGGAGAAAGUCUCUCGAUCUUCCAAGGAGAAUUAAACGUACAAAGAAAGCUUGUAAGGAGUUUCCAAAGCAAGUGCCUUUGGUCCAGAAAUCUUGAUGAGAUUGUGGAAAAGCUCGUUAUCGUUGUAACAUGGAUAAAUCAAACAAUAGCCAAAGCAUUUGGUGAAGACAACACAGAUAAAACAUUGCUUACCGAGGACAGAAGUAAUGGCCAGAAACUGGGUGCUGUUGGUCUUGCCUUGCAUUAUGCAAACAUAAUAAGCCAGAUAAAUCUCAUUGCAUGUCGUCCAACCUCCAUUCCUUCAAACAUGAGGGAUGCAUUAUAUCGGGCAUUGCCUACAAGUGUCAAAAUAGCUCUGCGCUCUCGAUUGCGGCCUGUGAAUGCCAGUGAGGAGCUAACUUAUUUUGAUGUCAAAGCUGAAGUGGAUAAGAUCCUUGAAUGGCUUGCACCAAUUGCUGCAAACACGACCAAAGCGCAUCAAUCAUGUGGCAGAAUUGGAGAAUGGGCAACCCAAAGUAAGGAACACAGCAAAGGUAGAGCUAAACAAACCAACAAUCCAAUCCGCCUUCAAACGCUGUACCAUGCAGACAAAGUAAAAACAGAGCAACAAAUCCUUGAAUUGAUCACAUUGCUUCACCAUCUCAUCCAUUUAGCAAAACAGCAACAACAACGCUCCACAUCUCUCCGUUGCCGAUCUCCAACUCCCAAGGACAUGGCAAAUAAUGUUCGUCGGAUACAAUUCAAGAGCCAAAUCAUCAGAUCCAACAAGGAUGGAGUUCCGGCCAACAGCAGACCAUCCACCGGCCAAACUCCAAUCAGAAAGAGGGAGCUCAGUAACAACAAAGGUACGGAAUCCUACAAAAGUGAGACUAAAGGAAUUUGGACUUUAAGCAAAGCGGUUUCGGUUUCGACUGUGAGUUCUCUUGGUAGAGUCUAGAUUUGAGUUUAAAACAAAAACAAAAACAAGAAAAAAAAAACAAAGGAAAGAAGGAUGAUGCUCGGAAUUGGGUUAGUGUAGAAAAAAACAGUUUUGAGUACCUCAUACGUUCAUACUCGCAAUGAAAAUAAAUGUAGGAAUUUUUUUUUAAAGAUUA